CCGCGACGCCCGAGCGUGUCUCGCGCUCCGGGAUUCGUCUUCCUAGUGAUGUUCUGUGUAGAGUGACGUAUUGGACGAAUGUGAUGUGUUGUGACUUUUUAUAGGAAUCCCCGGUUCCGCACAUGGCAUACGGCCGAUGUAAGCACAAAGGCGAAAUGAGAUGAGUAUGCGCGUGUCGUGGGCUAGGUGGUAUUGGAUAGUUAUCUUCACGACGUGUACCGCGAGGACCGCCAGUGAUUGGCUCGACUGCGCCCACAUCGCAACCUGCCGUUGUAAGUGGUCCUCCGGGAAGAAAACCGCCACGUGUGCCUCCGGUGACCUACGCCGCCCGCCAUCUCUCUCAUCAGACAUCCAAGUAUUGGACCUACACGAUAACCCCUUAAGAAAUCUCCCGCAGGAAGUUUUUCUAAACAUUGGCCUUCUCAAUUUACAACGGCUUAAUUUACGAGCCACGAAACUUAGAUCUAUUCACGCAGACGCUUUUUUAGAAUUAAGAAUUUUAGUUGAAGUUGAUUUGGCUGAUAACGAUUUGGCCGUUCUUCCGAGAGAUAUAUUCAGAGGAAACGAAAGAUUGCGACUGGUAGUACUUAGUAAUAACCCAUUGACAAUAUUAAUCUCAGAUCAGUUUCCAACACUUCCACAUCUGCGAAUGCUCCUGCUAGAUGGUUGCAGACUAAGAACAAUACAAACAAACGCAUUACGAAAUUUAAAAUCACUAGAGACUAUAGACUUACGAAGAAAUCAACUAACAUUCCUACGUUUGAUUACUUUUUCACUACCGGCCUUAAAGACUAUGUCAUUGUCGGGCAAUCCGUGGCGGUGUGAUUGUCGUUUACGUGAGUUUAAGGAUUGGUUUUUAGAAAGUAAAUUGGGAACGGAAGAAUUAGUUUGCGUAGAACCAUCGACUCAGUCAGGGAAUAAAUGGCGCAAUGUACCAAGCGAGAACAUGGCUUGCCCUCCAGAAGUUAAAUCAAGUACCUUGGUUGUGAGAGCAGAGAUAGGUUUCGCUGCUACAUUUGGUUGUUGGGUCCAUGGAGUACCAAAACCUUCAGUUACAUGGCUCCUAGAUGGUGUAGAAAUACGAAAUAGUACAAUUGACUGCGAUAUGGAAGAAACGGAUACAGUAGUUGAAGACGAUACUAUAGAUGACAAAGUUCCCGGAAGCGUUAGAUGGGUGAAUAUAACAUUAUUAAAUGUAACUUCAAGUGCAGCUGGAGAGUGGACCUGUGUAGCUAAAAGUAUGGCUGGCGAAUCUAGAGCUGUUAUAAGUCUUGUUUUACCUAGAUCUCAAACUGCCACUGCACGGACGGCUCCAGGAAUACCACAACUGCUCGGAGUUGUUUUUGGAGCUUUAGGUGCGUUAGCAUGUCUUGGGUUUAUUGCCGCUGUAGCUUGUUGGCAAUUAAGAAGACGUACAGUACCACCAAGUCGGAGUUUCACUGAUCAAGAGAAACGUUUGAUAGAUGCUUCAGUAGUAGUUAGUUGUGACCGUUCGAUUGCUGAUAUGGCUUCACCGUGUGAUUUCGAAUUGACAGAGAGGUCUAUAGACGAUCAACCGAGAGGAUGUGGCUUUGAUCCAGUCCACAUAACUAUUGAAGGUACACCAGGUGCGUUUCCACCUCCACCAGCGGAGUUUGCUGUUCCAGUUCCUUACGGAAAUAUAUUUAUAUCUGUCCAAGUUUCCGGUCGAGGUGAACCCGGAAAAUAUCCAGAUUUACUUAGUGGUGGUGCAACGUUACCUCGGAGAAGUAGAACAUGCUGUAACGCUCCCGCAUAUGACAAUAUGGGUCCUAGAGUGACGGCAACUGGUAGCUCCACGUGGUCACUCCCAGGAGCUAGCUCAGAGAAUAUAGAAAUAUCAGAGACCCCUGUCCUUACCCUACCGCCACCACCACCGGAGUUUGUCUCACUUUAGCCUAGGCCAAUGGUACUAGAUGCCGCCAAUUUAAGGUGACCUGGUACCUAAAACUUUUUGAGUCAAUUAGACUAUUUCCCAAUUUUAUUGUAUUUAAGAUACGAUAAUUUUAAACGUGAUUAAUUAAAAUUUGUAAAUAGUGUGUGCGAGCGAUGUGAGACAUCUUGUGAGAUUUAAUAACUUAAGGUUGUUUGUUAUCAAUAUUGAGAAAAAAACUGUAAGAUAAACAUUUUAUGUGGAUCGGUUGUUCGUACGGAAUGUUGGUAUGUGAAAGUAUUUACAUAGUCUCGACCUAUUAAUUUACUAGAUGUUCCUUUUAUGACUUCGCGUAUGUGUCUUCCCAACUUUUGUAAAUAUUGUUUAGUCAUGUUUACAAACUUCCCAAAUAUAAGACUGACCUCUUUGUCUUAUUUUCAUCUCUCUUUGUGACUUACGACUGUAUAAAGCUAUAUACUUUAAAUAGGCCAACGAUAGCUUCUAAAAAUUUUAUUUGAAAGCGAAUAAUG